GAACCCGACCCGGUCGGCACCCUCGCCGGCCGUAACCCCUACCCUCUGAUGCUAAAGCAGCGAAAUAAUCGGAGUUACCCAGCUCGUUCGCUCGGAGCGCUCUCUAUCGUGAAUAGUUAGAUCGGCGGUUUACUGAUUUCUUUCCAUAUUAAUCUCCAGGGUUUCGGCAGUUUAGUUCUUGAGGGUUAUGGCUGAAGAAAAUCCAACCGAUGUUAAAGAAGAGGUGGCAGAGCUUGCCCCUUUUGAUCCAAACAAAAAGAAGAAAAAAAAGAAGCCAGUUGUUCAAGACACCACCGAAGUGAUGGAUAAAUUAGCUGAAAAGACUGAUGACUUGUCAGUUUCUGAUGAUCUGGAGACUAGUUUCGUGGGGAUGAAGAAAAAGAAAAAGAAGCCGGUGGAAACUGACUUUUUGAAUGAUGAGAAUGGGGAUGCUGGAGAGGACCAUGAUGGCGACCGUGUUGGAGAGAAUGAAGAGGGAGAGGGCAUUGUGCUAGGAGGUGUACGCUAUCCUUGGGAAGGCAGCGACCGAGACUAUAAGUAUGAAGAGCUUCUGGAUAGAGUAUUCAAUAUCUUACGUGAGAAUAAUCCUGAUCUUGCUGGAGAUAGGCGCAGGACAGUGAUGAGGCCGCCACAAGUUCUUAGGGAAGGAACUAAGAAGACUGUUUUUGUGAAUUUCAUGGACCUAUGCAAGACGAUGCAUAGGCAGCCAGAGCAUGUCAUGACUUUCUUACUGGCUGAAAUGGGAACAAGUGGAUCUCUUGAUGGCCAACAGAGAUUGGUUGUCAAGGGAAGAUUUGCACCUAAAAAUUUUGAGGGAAUAUUGAGACGAUAUGUCAAUGAAUAUGUCAUAUGUAAUGGCUGCAAAAGUCCUGAUACUAUACUCUCAAAGGAGAAUCGUCUCUUUUUUCUGCGGUGCGAGCAGUGUGGCUCUGCUAGGUCGGUUGCACCCAUUAAGGCUGGAUUUGUUGCUCGAGUUGGACGACGCAAGGCUGGACCAUGAGCCUAUAUUUCUGUCCAACUGGUGGCUUCCUUCCCUCAAACAUCUUCAAAAUAUCCACCUGCUCUGAGCUUUGCAAAUGAAUUUAUGCUGAAAAGUUUUGCCAUUUGGUCUGGUUAGGAGAAUCUUAUGAGUUUUACCUCAUCUAGUGUUUGUAUUAAACUGUGGAUUAGUGAAUAAAUAUGGCAGAGUGCAUGCUUGAGAUUUGAGUUAGUUUUCGUGAUACUGGUGAGUGCACAUGGUAAAUUGACAAGAUAAUGUUGUAUCUGGAGAAAUACUAAAUUUGUUGUAUUUGUUGCAGAUAUUAUAUUGAGGCUAGAAAUGCAAGCCAUCUCUAAUGUAGGAUUGUUGAGCUUUUGUUA